AUGUUCGCUCGCGCUCUUCUUGCCUUGAGCGGAGUCUCCGCCGCUUAUGCUCAAACUACUGCUGGCUCGCCAUUCUUGGCCCAGUUUCUUAUCUUGAGUGACUACUCCGUUUCCACCGUUACAGGCGAUAAAACCCAUACCACAUACAAUGUAAAGUGUAAUAGCGAGGCCACUCUUUGCUCGCUGCCUGCUACUGGCGUCACCGUUGUCACUGCCCCAUCAUCUGUCGGACUAUCAUACACCGAACCCUCAGAAACAUUUACUUCUUCAGUCGGAUGUACUUAUAUCGACGAUCGAGCAUCGGCAGUUUGUGUUACUCUACUGGCUGCUCCUAGCGUGGGUGUCCAGAGCGGCUCUUUUGUCACAGGCAUGGAUACUGUUACGUCGACUGUCACUCUGCCAGGCGCUUCCGUUGAUCUGGGUUUUAACACGGCCGCUACAACGACUGCCGCUUCUCAGAAGACCGAGGGGGUUGCGUCUACAACAGCAGCAGCUUCUCAUAGCGAGACUGCCACGGGGACUAGCGUUGUAGUGAGCGCAACGAAGACCGGGGGUGCAAACGAGGCAUUUGUGAAAGAUAAUUCUGGUCUGAUUUUGGGUGUAGCAAUGGCUGGCCUAGCACUUCUACAGUAG